GACAGGAAGAUUGAUUUUUUGAAGAUUGUAAUUUCAAAAUUUGGAACUAUUGUGUUAAAUUCUGAUAUAAAUGUCUACGUAAAAUAGAUACAAACUCGUCUAUUUGUGUAUUAUUUAUAAACAUGGUUAUCAUAUGAGCUAUAUAAGAAUCAUUCAUCAUCUUACGAUAUUCAUGAUAAAAACUAAUAUGUAUUUAUCUUUUCAUAAAGAAACAAAGAUAAUGACUGAUACUCACUUUAAGCAAUUUAUUAAAUGUCUCUAUUGUUAACUUUUUCUUAAUUGUUAUUGCAGCAAAAAUGUUGCUCUUUUAAAAACAGUAGCAACUUUUAAGUCAGUCAGUCAAAAAGCAAUAUGGCGGCACAAGAUGAAGUUGACGUAUGUGAAAGUUGGGAGGAUAUGGACGAAAUUGGCUUGGACCAGAAGAUCAAGCUGAUGUCCAGUGUCCCGCCAGUGACAGCGUUGAAGAGUUGCAAGGUUACUAACGUAAUAGUAGAGGAUAACGCGUGCAUAGGAUCACAGUGCGUGAUGCCAGAGCCAGCUAUUCGUAUUUUAAAGCGUCCUUCAUCUUUAGCGAACGGACAGCUAAACGGAGAAAAUCGGUCGCGGCCAGUUAAAACAUUAGAACAAAGACAGAAGGAAUACGAGGAAGCCCGGCUAAGAAUACUUGGUGAAGCGAGGAGUCCCGAAGAUGUUAUUGAUGAUAACCUCACACGGCUACAAGAUAAAUUGCAAGCAAACAAUCUUAAUGAUAGUAGUUGUAAAACCAAGAAUUGUCAUAUUGAAAAUAAUACCAAAGGCAAGGAACGAAGGGUGUUAGCAAGACUGCCACCCGGAACAACGAAUGCUGGUGUGUUCCCUUCACCUCCCCCUCCUGGAGUUCUCGUUAUAAGGACACCGAGAGGUCCCGACGGCACCAAAGGCUUUUUAAGAAGGUAGCGUUAUAUCACACCAAUAUUUGCCACCAUAAUCCAUCCACUCAUUUAUAAUGCUAACAUAAUUGUGAUAUAUCAUUCACAAUGUCCUUAUAAUUGACAUAUAUUUGUUGCUAUCAAAUUUUACAGUUAGAACUGGCUAUGCAAUUUAAAUAGCCAUAAACAACUUAUAGUUACAUAUGCCUGUCUAUUUGAGUUUGUUUAUGCAGUAUGCUAAUAACUGGAUAUAAAAUAAAUAAAUACAGUUUAAAAAUAAUGAGUUGGUUUGAUCAUUGAAAUUGUGAAUUAAAUAUAGCGCUCAUUUUUGGGAACAAACUUUAUCUAAUUGUAACUUAACUUAGAUAGUUAUCUGAACUGAACAGUACUGAUCAACUGAGUUAGAUCAACCGAGAUUGGUGCAUAAUAUAGUGCGAGAGCUGUUUCGAGCAAUGUAAAUACAUGUAUGCCUUAAGGACAUAGUAUUUUAGACUAUGUCAAUACGCCAAACGGCACUGUGCUAUGACUUUGGUCAUGUUUCUUUGAUAGGUUUUCAUUUUAGAGUACGCUAGUGUAAGACAAAUGUAUAUAUUUUAAUUAGAUUAUUGUUUGUGACAAUGCAACGAAUUGUUGAGUACUGUUUGGUACGAUCAGCUCUUAAACCAGUCCCAUCAGCAGACGUAUUUGGUUGUUUUGUCACAAAUAGUACUUAAAUGGUGCAUUAUAUUCAAAAGCUGAAUUGAGUAAUUCUAAUCACAUUCUAAAAGUUCACAUUGACUCUAUAAUAAAAGUUACUGAAGUAACAUUUAAAAAUGACAUAAUUUUGCUGUUAGUGAUGUAUUAGAAUGAUGUUUUUAAACUUUUCCUCACAAUUAUCUCUGUGGAUUAAUAGUUUGAUAAAAUCUGUGAACAUUCUCAAAUUUAAUUGCACUGUCAACAAUUAUAAUGUGAAUUUUAACUAAAUAAUGUUUUGUGAGACGACAAAUUGUUGUUGAGAUUUAAAACAUCUCAGAGCAAGAUUGUGUGAGUUUAGUAAAUGUUUAAAGGGUGUUACUAAAUUUAAAAGAGCUUAAUGUGUUUUUAUAACUGACUAGCAGAUAUAUUUUUUACAUUUGUAGUGACAUUAAACUUAAGUACAUUUGUGUAUUUAACUGAAUCAUUUAGUGUAUAAUGAUUAUGGCGAAAGUAUGAUAGCAUACAGAAUUUGAUAAGUGUUGCAAGUAUAUAUAUUGUAAAAUAAAAUUUGAUUUCCUUCCAUAUGUUCUAAAUUUAUAUGUUUUGUAACAAAAUUUCUUAAUUAAGAUUCUAAGCACAACACUAAUGGAGGUAUUUGUAAGAAAAUGAAAUGUUAUGCGGUUUGUAAAUCAAACUGCUUGGUUAUCGUAAUCAGAAUAAGUUUGUGCCUUGGUCUUAAACCGUUUUGGAAUUUAUAAUUAAAAAAGUAAUAAAAUAUUGCUUUGAAUGUAAAAAAAUACAUAUUGUAAUUGAUUCUUCUGAUGGAGUUAUGAUAUCUUAUUCUGUAUUCUAUAAUAAAUUGUAAUUUUAUGAUAUUAUAGCUGUAAUUUCAAUAAAUCUUGUAAAUAUACAUAUAUUUUUUUGUAACAUAAUGUUUUGUUUUUUGUAAUUAUGGUCAAUUCGUGCCAAUCGAUGUAUUUAUUGCUUGUGUUAGUUUUAUUCAUAAUUUUUUUUUUAAACAACGUGUUGUAUUGACGCCGAGUCCAAGACUGAUGUUGAAUAAACAAAAUGUUUUUGACCAAAAUUAUUGCUUGAUGGACAUCGGAGCGCAUAUAAGAGUAAUGGUAGUUAACAAAAUUUGGGGUAAAAAGUUACUUUUUUAUAUACGGUACGUGUAAUUUGGUCCUAUCUGUGUGAUACGCCGAAUCGGAUUUCAUCAUUUUAAGUUGUAGGUAUAUUAUUUGUCUAUGGUUUUGUAUUUUAACCUAAGUUGAUUAUUAAAAUGUUGAAAAGCA